AUCUUCUUAAUUACGAAUUAACAAGAUCGCAACAUUUUACUCUUAAAAGUUGCCUGCGUGUGUGCGAGCGAGAGGGGGAUCCGGCUACAGGAGAGCUAGAAAGGAGAGACAGAUGGAACGUGGAGGCUUCCAUGGCUACCGUAAACUCCCCGACAAUACCUCUGGACUGAAGGUGACGGAGAUGAACAUGAGAAUGGGUGAAGCCAACCAUACGAACAGCCACUCAAACUCUGAUGACAAUGAGUGCACCGUGAGAGAACAAGACCGUUUCAUGCCCAUUGCUAAUGUAAUAAGGAUCAUGCGCAAGAUCCUUCCCCCACACGCCAAAAUCUCUGAUGACGCCAAGGAAACGAUCCAAGAAUGUGUGUCCGAGUACAUCAGCUUCAUCACCGGCGAAGCCAACGAGCAUUGCCAACGUGAGCAACGCAAGACUAUCACUGCUGAGGAUGUGCUGUGGGCAAUGAGUAAGCUAGGCUUUGAUGAUUACAUCGAGCCUUUGACGGUAUACCUCCACCGCUACCGAGAACUGGAGGGUGAGCGUGGAUCAAUCAGAGGUGAGCCGGUGGUGAAGAGAGUGGUUGAUUACGGAACUUUGGGUGUUGCUGCUUUUGCACCUGCCUUUCACAUGGGGCAUCACCAUCACCAUGGCCAUGGGUUCUUCGGGAGUGGAGCCAUGGGAGGGUAUCUCAAGGAUGAGUCCAGUGCAGGCUCAUCACAGGCUGCAGUGGCAAAUGGGGAACCAUAUGCCCAGCAGCAUAAAUGAGGCCGCGGUCUCCAGCUAUAGUAAUAAGGAUUAAGGAGUGCUUGUUGGGUUUUUUCAGGGGAAAAAAAGAAGUAAAUGAAUGCUUGCUGGUCUAACUAUGUGACACUAAUUAAGUUAGUGAACUCUUUUUAUAUGUUGAUUUGA